AUGGCUGCAGCAAUGGAGAAGCUGAUUCUUCUCUCUGUUCUGUUGCUUCCUCUGGUGCUCAGUUCUCCACUGGGGUCCAUAUUCCAUCAGCACAAGGCUACCUAUCGUCCCUCACUGGGUGCAGAUCCUGGAGACCCUCUCUACCUCACUCCCUACAUAAAGAAGGGAGAUGUCACCACUGCUCACAAGUUGAGUGAAGUGACGGAGAAGCUAGCUGGUGUGACCAGUUACUCUGGCUUCCUCACUGUCAAUGAGACUUACAAUGGAAACAUGUUCUUCUGGUUCUUCCCUGCACAGAAUGACGAUAAAUCUGCUCCUGUAGUAGUGUGGCUUCAAGGUGGUCCCGGAGGCUCCUCCCUCUUUGGUCUGUUUAACGAGAACGGCCCCCUCGUGGUGGACUCCAGCGGGAAGGUGUCUCUCAGAAAAAUCAACUGGAACACUGACUACAACAUGCUGUACAUCGACAAUCCUGUCGGCACUGGUUUCAGUUUCACUAACGACAGUAAAGGAUUCUCUACUAAUGAAGUGGAGGUGGCAGUCAACUUGUACUCUGCCCUCACUCAAUUCUUCACUGUCUUCUCCGAGUACCAGACAAACGACUUCUACGUAACGGGAGAGUCGUAUGGUGGCAAGUACGUGCCUGCCAUUGGUUACAAGAUCCACACUGAGAACAUGAACAACCCAGCUGUCAAGAUAAACCUGAAGGGACUUGCCAUCGGAGACGGGUGGUGUGACCCUGAAAAUAUGGUGGGCAGCUAUGGACCGCUACUCUAUCAGAUUGGAAUGGCUGACACAAACCAGAGAAACAGGAUCCAAGAAUUGACUAACCAGAUCGUCACAAAUAUUCAGAACCAGCAGUUUGUGCCUGCACGCCUGGUUUGGAACGCUUUGUUUGACUAUGUCUACACCAUAUCUGGCUCUACCAACUACUAUAACUUUUUGAAAAUAACGUCUCCUCCUGAUUUUAACUACUACGUUCCCUUCAUUAACACCACUGACAUCAGACGAGCCAUUCACGUCGGCAGUCUCAGCUAUGGCUCUCAGUCCGGAGAGGUGAACAAAGCACUGGGAAUUGAUUUCAUGGACUCCAUUAAGAAGUGGUUGUCUGUACUGAUGGACAACUAUAAGGUCCUCCUGUACAACGGGCAGCUGGACAUUGUGGUGGGCCCCACCCUCACGGAGAGAAUGUUGCAAGUGCUGGAUUGGUCCGGAAAAGAAGAGUACCUGAAAGCAGACAAAAUGGUGUGGAAGAUAGGAGAUGAUGUUGCCGGGUAUGUGAGGACAGUGAACAAGUUCAUGCAGGCGAUUGUAAGAGGGGGUGGGCACAUUCUCCCGUUUGACCAGCCGGAGAGAGCACUCAACCUCAUCCAGAACUUUGUGAACAUGCCUGAUCAUGGCUUUUGAAUAUAAUUAUAUCCUUCAAUUUGUCGUCAUUAUUUUUUGUAUGCAGUUAUCUAUAUCAUUCUAUUGCUAUGAAAGAAGUUACGACAAUUGAAUAUAUAAAA